AUGGGCGCGACGCCCGCGGCGACGGCGAGCCUCGACAUCGUCGCCGCGGACGCCGACGGGCGCGAGACGCGGCGGUCGCUGUCGCUGUCGCUCGCCGUGGGCGCCAUGGUCGUCCUCGCGGGCGCGACGCCGUCGUCGUCGGCGCUGCCCGGCGGCGGCGACGCGGCCCUCGACGCGCCGGGCCUCGAGGACGCGCUCGAGGCCGGCGACGCGUGGACGUGCGUCUUCGGCGUUUCCGUGACCCCGGUCCUCGCGGCGCCGCCGCGGUGCCGCGUGCCGCCGGCCGCCGCCGCGGGCGGCGAGGCCGUGUCCCUUGUCCUGCGGUCGCCGACGGGCGCCCUGUCCAACGCCGUGCCCUUCCGCUACCGCGACCCGCCGGCCGCGGCGUCGUUCGCGCCGGCGGGCGGCGCGACGACGGGCGGCACGCUGUUGACCGUCGCGCUCGCGGGAAACCACGCCGCCGACGCCGCCGACGCCUGGACCUGCCUCUUCGUCGGCGACGCCCUCGAGGACGGCGCCGCGGCGACCGCGGCGACCGCGGACGUCGUCGACGGCCUCGUCGUCGCCGCGCGCUGCGCGACUCCCGAGGCGGCCCGCGAGGGCGCUGCGUCCGUCGCGCUCGCGGCCAACGGCGCGGACUUUGGCGCCGCGGCGCCGGCGGCCUUUUCCUACGCCGGGGCGCCGCCGACGCUCGAGGCGCUGUCGGCGUCCGUCGGCGACGUCGUCGUCGCCACCGGAUCGGGCUUCGCGAACGGGACCGCGCUCACGUGCCGCGCGGGCGCCGCCGCGUCCGUCGGCGUCUACGUGUCGCCCGGCGUCGUCCACUGCGCCGUGCCCGCGGAGAUCUACGCCGGCGGGGCGUCGCUCGCCGUCGCGAACAACGGCGUCGACUUCUCCGACGCGCUGCCGCUGGUCUACGGCGCGCGCGUCGCGAUCGCCGCCGCGGCGCCGCGGCGCGCGCCGAAGAGCGGCGGCACGGUCGUCGUCGUGGCGGGCACCUUCGCCGCGAACGCGACGCGCUGCGCCUUCGGCGCCGCGACCGUCGACGCCGACGUCGCCGGCGACGUCCUGAC